AGCGAGAGAGUGGGAGAGAGAGAGAGUGGGAAAGAGAGUGAGAGAGAGUGGGAGAGAGAGAGAGAGAGAGAGAGAGAGAGAGAGAGAGCAGAAUCAUGUCACUGUUGACGUCGCAUAAUUGCAACCUGCGCGCGCUGGAGUCGCUGCUCCACACCGAUCAGAUGAGAUCAGACUGAAGCGGAGAAAGUGCUCUCUUUCUCUCUCUCUUUCUCUCUCUCUCUCUGUCUCUCUCACUGUCUCUCUCACUCUCUCUCCCAGAUCUGAAUAGCUGCAGCCCGAUUUAUCCUGGAAUAUUAACCCGAGAUUAACAGCAGAUUGGAGAUGCUGGAAGAGAAGAUGUACUGGAGGUGGAUGGUUCUUUUGUUUCUGCUCGGGAUCAAACCAGAGGUCGCUGUAAUAGCAAGUCCAGAGGUAAACGACAGCCAACAGGAGGUCCCUCAUAAUGUAUACACCGAUGUUGGAUCCACCAGACAGAAGAUCAUGACCGCGCAAUUCGAGUGCUAUCAGAAGAUCAUGAUGGACAACAGCAAUGUCAAAGCAGCUGAUCUAAUGUGUAACCGAACAUGGGACGGGUGGCUGUGCUGGGACGACACGGAUGCUGGUGUCACCGCUCACCAGAAUUGUCCUGACCACUUCCUGGACUUUGAUCCUACAGAAACAGCCUCUAAGAUGUGCAUGGAUAACGGCCAGUGGUUUAUUCAUCCAGUGAGCAACAGGACAUGGACGAAUUUCACCAGAUGUAAUGCGUACAGUACAGAGAGCAGAAUGACCGCAAUAAACCUGCUCUACUUAGCCCUGAUAGGACACGGGCUGUCUCUGGUCUCACUAUUUAUUUCACUCGGGAUAUUUUUCCAUUUUAAGAAUUUGAGCUGCCAGAGAAUCACCCUGCACAAAAACCUCUUCUUUUCCUUUAUCUUGAACUCUAUUAUCACCAUCAUCUGGUUAACGGGCGUGGCCAGUAACCAGGAACUAGUGCAGAGGAAUCCGACCAGCUGUAAAGUUUCUCAGUUUGUCCAUCUCUAUCUGUUCGGGUGUAACUACUUUUGGAUGCUGUGUGAAGGAAUUUACCUCCACACGCUCAUCGUCGUAGCCGUAUUUGCCCAAAAACAGCAUUUAAUGUGGUACUAUCUUCUCGGAUGGGGUUUCCCGCUGUUACCGACUACAAUACACGCCAUAGCCAGAAGUUAUUAUUAUGAUGACAAUUGCUGGAUCAGUUCAAACACAUCUCUGCUGUACAUCAUCCACGGGCCGAUCUGUGCCGCGCUGUUGGUCAAUCUCUUUUUCCUGCUCAACAUCGUGCGUGUCCUCAUCACCAAGCUGAAGGUGACGCACCAGGCCGAGUCGAGUCUGUACAUGAAGGCGGUGCGUGCCACUCUUAUUCUCGUCCCCCUGUUGGGAAUCCAGUUCGUCCUCCUGCCCUAUAAACCUGCGGGACGUGUCUUAUCCGAGAUCUACGACUACGUCAUGAACAUCUUAAUGCAUUAUCAGGGUCUUCUGGUGGCCACCAUCUUCUGCUUCUUUAAUGGAGAGGUACAGAGUGUGUUACGGAGAAACUGGAAUCAGUAUCGUUUGCAGUUUGGCAACGCGAUGGCUAACGCCGAGGCACUGAGAUCGACGUCCUACACGGCCUCGUCCAUCACCGAGGUGCAGGGCUGCUACAGCAUCGACGGCCACAGCGAACACUUAAACGGCAAGAGCUGCCUCGAUGCUGAGAAAUCCGAGAAUUCCUUCAACUGAACACGUCGCCGAUCGCGGAAGGACGGUCACAUGACUGUCAAGAAGGUCACAUGACUGCGUCUACCCAGAGUUCUCUGCCGACGCACGACGCAGGGAUUUUACGAAGGGAAGUUUACUGCUCUCACACUGCCUUAUUAUCUAACACAGUGCUUGCUAAAUGGACACUCUCUACGAAAAUGACACAAAUUACAUGGUGACACUUUAAGAGAUGCAUAAAUAAUUUAGUCAUUGACCAUCCAUAAUGAAAAAUAUGAAGCCUUCUAACCAUAGAAACUACAGAACAGUAACAAACAAGUAAUUAACACCGUGUCAUGUAUGUAAUAUAUGUAAAAUGGCACUUUUUAAAAAUAUCCUAAUGAUGAUGAUCCUUUCAGGGAAGCUCAAUUUCCUCAAUAGAGUUAUUGCGUCAUAAAAUAUAAGAGCACGUCAAAAUAUCUACAUAAUAUACAAAUAUAUUCUGUAAUAUUGGAUAAGUGGUGUUGGGGGAACAAUUUGCAUAUUCAUAUAUAGUAAUAUGAAUUUCUUUAUUAGAAUGAAGUUUUUUUUGGAAGCUAUAGUCUUUUAGUUAUUAUUAUUAUUAUUAUUAUUAUUAUUAUUAUUAUUAUUAUUAUUAUUAUUAUUAUUAUUAUUAUUUUUGUUGUUGUUGUUGUUGUCUUCAAAACAGUUAUGUGGUGGAUGGGGAAAAUUAUAUUUUUAUUCCUAUUAUAAGAUUGCAAUAAACCAAAUAUACGGUUAUUAAACCUCUAGCCGUUUUUACUCAAUUCAAGUGUUAAAAUGUUAACUUCAUUUGUUGCCAGAUAAUGCUUUUUUUUUUUUCCAGAAAUACAUGCUUAAAAUUAGUUAAAUUUAUCUGCCAGUAGAACAAUCAUAAAUUAGUUUAAAAAUUAUAAUAAUUAUAACCUUGUAAUAGGAAAUAUUUGAUACAUUUGACUACAUUUGAAAUAUAUCCACUAGAUCUCUUUUUUUUUUUCAGUGUAGUUCGCUGAAAACAAAAUAAAUUUCUGUCAAUGACUCCCAAAGAUAUAUGGUCAAAUAUUAUUUUUCUUAAUAUACUUCACGUCCUGAAUUUAUUUUAGUAAUAACUAAAUUAGUAAAGAAUUCAUCCCUUAAAGUGUUACCAAUUGAUGACAAAAACAAUUAUAUAUAUAUAUAUAUAUAUAUAUAUAUAUAUAUAUAUAUAUAUAUAUAUAUAUAUAUAUAUAUAUAUAUAUAUAUAUAUUUAAACAGACACACAUACCGCACAUAGAGUUGUGCCCUAAAGUUUGCAUACCCCUUGCAGAAUCUGCUAAAUCUUAACACUGUUAACAAAAUCAAAAUCCCAUGUUGUUUUUUUAAUUAAUACUGUCCUGAAUAAACUAUUUCACAUAACAGAUCUUUACAUACAGUCCACAAGACAAGAUAAUAGCUGAAUUUAUAAAAAAGUACCCCGUUCAAAAGUUUACAUCCCCUUGAUUCUUAAUACUGUGUGUCGUUACGUGAGUGAUCCAGGACUGUGUUUAUGUUUUGUGACAGUUGUUCAUGAGUCCCUUGUUUGUCCUGAGCAGUUAAACUACCCACUGUUCUUCAGAAAAAUCCUCCAGGUCCUGCACAUUCUUUACUUUUCCAGCAUCUUCUGCAUAUUUGAGCCCUUUCCAGCAGUUACUAUAUGAUGUUGAGAUCCAUCUUUUCACACUGAGGACGACCGAGGGACUCGUACACAACUACUACAUAAGGUGCAAACGUUCACUGAUGCUCAAGAAGAUACUUUUGAGCAGGAUGAUCGGUGUAAAUUGUUAUUGUUUUGUUUCUUUUUCUUUUUUUUCAUUUAGUGCUGCCUUUCAGAAGCUAAAUAAGAUAAUUACAUGUCUCCCAGAAGACAAAAUACGCACGGUUUUAAGGGUUAAUCAAGGGUGUGUAAACUUUUGAACGGGGUACUUGUUAUAAAUUCAGCUAUUAUCUUGUAUUGUGGACUAUAUGUGAACAUCUGUUAUGUGAAAUAGCAUACUCAGGACUGUACUAAAUAAUAAAAAAACAACAUGGGAUUUUUAUGAUCUCUCAUAUUUUGUUAACAUUAAGAUUUCCCAGAUUUUGCAAGGGGUAUGCAAACUUAUGGGCACAACUGUGUGUAUAUAUACAUAUAUAUAAUUUAUUAUAUAUGUGUGUGUGUGACAUUUGAAUAUUUGUAGUUGCCUGGCUGCUUUGUAAAGGCAUUGAAUUGUAAAUAAUCUCUCAUUUUAUAAUAUCCUUUCUCUUUUCUUUCUUCUGUAUUGUUCAUUUGAAGAAGGCUGAAACAUAAUUGCCACUUAUACGCUUUACUGACUUGCGUUAUAUCAAAUGAUGAUAUACAUUUUUACUAAGCAUUGUACAAAAAAAUUAUAUUUGUAUAAAUAUAUGAAUAUAUGAAUAUAUAAAUAUCCCCAUUCAGGGAGACAGCCAGUAUCAUUUUCUAUAUAAUAUUCAGGAUAGUACUGUAAACUAACGAUGUAGUAGUGUUUGUUUGUCGUUUCUUGCAUCGUUUCUUGUCUGUAAGUCAAAUCAAAGUUUGUGUUUAACGUUUCAAAAUACAUAAAGAACCCACGACAAUCCUGCACUUACAUUUUGUAAUAUGUUCAUUUCCAACCUGCACAGUAUUGGACUGAUCAUUAGACUUGUCAAAAUUCUGACUGUGAUUGUUUUUGUAGGAGGCCACAUCAUUUUGGUCAGGAAUAAAAUCCAUUUGCAAAAAAACAGUAAGACAAGUGA